AAACUUAUUAAAUAGAAAUGGGCUCAUGUACAACAUUUUCCAAAGUUUUCAUCUUCCUCGUGAACUUCCUCUUUUGGCUGAUUGCGGGAGUGCUGCUUUGCAUCUGCACGUUUUCAGUUUUACAAUAUUUCUCUACGAAAUGCGAAUUCGCUAACUUCUAUCUGCUGAUACCUCUCGGCAUACUUGGAGUUGUUGGAGUUCUUCUCUUCCUGAAUUCCUUUAUUGGAUGCUGUGGGGCAGUCCGGGAAAGCAAAUGCUGUCUCUCCAUUUUCUUCACACUUACGUUCUGCAUCUUGUGCUUGGAGGUGUCAGCAGCCGUGCUCACCUUCAUAUUUCAACAGACGAUCACUGACACGAUAACAAAUGAUUGGAAAGGCACCAUCGAAACCUAUGCACCAAACUCAGAGUGUUCUGAGAUCAUGGACAGAAUCCAGUCAAACUUGACUUGUUGUGGCUGCGACAGUUAUUUGGACUGGUCAGAUGACAGCACUGUUUGGUCUUCGAGUCACAAGGAUGAGUUGCCGUGGUCCUGUUGUGCGGAGGAAGAGCAAAAGACCUCUGAUAACUUCACAUUCUGCCCCAUGCCGUCUGAUUCUUCGACCGAUUCACCCAUUCCCAAGCAUCUGCAGGGCUGCUGCAGUCAAGUGAAGGAUUUCACUGAGGACAAUGUGAUCAUAUUUGCAGCUGCUGCACUCUCCAUCGCCCUCCUACAGGGCUUCGUGAUUCUGAUGGCAUGUGGGCUGAUGUGCAGAAGAAAGGAGCAGCUGUACAUCCACCUGGACGCAGACAUGAGUCAGCCAAGCACUCCCUCCAUUUCCAAUCUGUGAACACAAACAGAAACAACAGAACGAUACUAAAUAUAUGAAUAAAUGUGAUGACAAUUGGUGCGCGAAGGCACAAAUCUACAAUGACUCCACGAUCCUAAUUUUAAACUCACAUCAAGAACGAGAUGCUGUCUUCAAUAGCAAGGUUUUGGUGUGUUUUAAGGUGCUAGGGUCUGCACAUUCUUUUUUUUACAAACAAACUAACAACAACACUGCGAAAUUAUUGAGACUGAAAUUUAGGUGAAGCUUGAUAAGAAAAUACUCAGCUGCGUGUAAGAAUCAUUGCUAUUUAGAUAGAUUAAUAAUGUCGUGUGUCAGAUUAGGUUACUAAUGUAGUUCUUUGAUAGUCGUCGAUGCUUCAGUUUCUGUGCUCAUCUUGACAUGAAAUUGUACGUUCUAGUUUGAGUCAUACAUUAUUGGUCAUUGUCAUGACCUCAUUUAGAUAAACAAAUUUAUUUUCUUGCUAUGUAUUAUUUGGUUCUGAUGAGGUUAAAUCUGCAUAAGACGGGCGUUUAAACCGAUUUUAUUAUCUUAACCAUUCUAUUUUCAUGGCAUAAUAAUUUCACCCCAUAUGUUGCAUGACCGAAUUGAUAUGUGUCUUAACUGUUGUAACAGCUACCCUCGCCUUCAAAGCAACCCCUUAAUCCGUAAUAACAACUUGAAUAAGACGUAAUAUCAUUUUUGGGCACUACUUUAAAAUCCAUUUCUUGCUUUUACUUAAGUUAGUGAUGUCUUUAAUAAAUAAAAUGUGAAAGAAGAUUUCUUGUUAAAAAGACUGGCAUCACUAAUUUUUUGAUUAGGUUUUAAUUUACUUUAAUGCUUCAGUGGUUAUUUGCAAAUAAAGGAUAAUGGAUUAAAGUAUAUGUAAAUCAAAAUCAUUUUUCUUGGAGCCAUUUUUAAGCUUACACCAUCUGUGUCUCUGUCUGAAGUAGAUUUUAGUGUCACUUUUUCUGGGAUCUAUUUCAUAGUUUCAAAACAAGAUCAAUUAUUUUUGUAAUUUGUGCAUAUUUAUCGAGGCUGCUUUUCAUUAAAAAAUAUGUAUUCAUGAUGAUGCUUUGGAAUCAAACAGUGUCGUAUGUGCAUGUGUAUUUGAAUUAGAUUUAGUAUUUGAACUCAUAAAAAACGGUCGGCAGAACAAAAUCAUUCAAGUGGUUUAUAUGUUAAUUGUUACUACGAAGUUUAACCUUCUGAAUGCUUUGGCCGGGUUUAUUGAUGGAUCGACUGUAACAACAAGAAUGCUUGAGCCUUUUUUUUACUAUACGGCCCAAAAUUCGUCUUUUUGAUACUUUGUAAAUUGGACCAUAAUGCUGGAAUCUGAUUUGUUUAAAUUUGGCCGCAUAGAAUUAAACACCCGACUGUUUUUUCGUAAUAUAAGAGUUAUUUAAAUGAAAAAGGUUGGAGUACAUUUCAAAUUGUGUAGUUUAAAGCAUCCAAUUUAAUCCAGUCCAACCUCAAAAUGGUCUGAUUUUAGUUCUAUUCCCAUUGCUAGUUAAUUGAAUUAACUCUUCUCUUAUUC